AUGGGCCAUAUAAGGACGCCUUGGGUGGUUAGGUUCCAUCCAUUGCAUCCACAUAUACUUGCUAGUGGAAGCUUGGAUCAAGAAGUUCGAUUAUGGGAUGCCAACACAUCAGAGUGUAUAACAUCUCACCAUUUAUAUCGCCCAAUUGCUUCCAUUGCUUUUCAUGCCAAAGGGGAAAUAAUUGUUGUUGCAUCAGGCCACAAGCUGUACAUAUGGCACUACGACAAGAAAAGUGAAGCAUCCUACUCACCAAUUUUUAUGUUGAAGACUAGGCGGUCUCUACAGGCUAUGCAUUUUCACCCUCAUGCUGCACCAUAUCUUUUAACUGUUGAGGUCAAUGAUCUUGACUCUUCAGAUUCCUCGAUGACAAAGGCAACAUCUAUUGGUUAUUUAGAAUAUCCCCCACCUGCUGUUUUUGUCACGAAUAUUCAACCCACAGAACAUGUUACUUUGUCCAGUGAACCACCUAACGCUUCAUCGACUUUCUUCUUUGUUCCUUCGCUUACCGUUGAUGAGUCAAGAGAGGAAUUACAACGUGUUAGUCACGACGAUGGCUCGGGUAGAAUGCAAAUUGAGUCCCAUGCAAUGGUUCAGUUUCAAGCAGAUACAAAUGUAACAAAACAAUGUGAUACUUCGUCCCCAAUGGAUACAGUCUCCGAGAUUCCAACUAACUCUCAACCUGAUACAAAAUAUCCCACUCAUUCUUCUUUCUCUAAUGGAAUGGGAAUUGGCAUCCGUAACCUCACAAUGGAUGGUAUGGAGAUUGAUGAAACCCGACCAUUGGAAGGAAGGCAAUACGGAAACGUUACUGAUGUAAGUUCUCUCAACGGCAUGUUAUACGGACUAUCGGGACAGACUGCAAAUCAUAGGGUUCAUUCAGAGUUUGGUCGAUUUCAUCAGUUUGUUUCUUCAAGAGACACAAGUGGCUGGGAAUUACCUUUUCUACAAGGAUGGUUAAUGGGUCAAACCCAAGUUGGUAUCCCCACACUGCAUUCUCACCCGGGUGUUAGUCGUGGCACUCUAGCUCAACAGAUUAGUUCUACUACAAUGGCUAAUACACUUCCCACUUCUAAUGUUGACACAUAA